ACCAACCUCCACUCUUGGGGCAUAACCUCUCUUCAUUCAACUCAAUCAGCGGAACGAGAGCGAUCGCAGCAGGCACCCACGCGACGAGAAGCACCAUGGCAGACGAAGGAACGCAGCCCCUGAGCGGCGCCGAGGCGCAGCUGCUCGAGGCACAACAGGCCCAGCAGGCGGCCGAGUCCCAGACGGGCACGCAGCCCAUUGCACGCACCGCCGCGACUCAAGACCCCACCGUCGUCGAUCCGCGCUUUGACAGGGACGACCUACGACAGGGAAAGCCUGCACCGGCCGUCCGAAAGGGAUACAUGCCCAGGAAGAUCAAGGUGCGGCGCCCGCGUCACCUUAAGGGCACGCCGUUCAAGCAAAAGGGAGUUGCGGCAAGCGGCGCGGCCAAUGAAGGCGCCAAGACGGACGAAGAGGCCGAGGAGGCUGACCUGACGGACGAUGAAGUUGAGAUCGAGGAGGAAGAGGUGGAGCCCGAGGAGAAGGAAGAGAAGAAGAGCGGUGGACUCCUCAGCAAGAUUACUGGCAAGUAGCAACACUGAUAGUUUGUCGUCGUGUAGAGAUGUACCGCAUUGCAACGAAGCGCAUUUUGCUAUGAGCCCGGUGGUCCCUCUGCCUCUUUAUCAAACAAUGAUCUUCAAGGUACGAACGAUGUGG